GGCGUCACGAAGACUUACCCCUGUCCCCCACACUUUCUAGUUUUCAAUAGGCACCCGAAUCCUCUUCGUUCCUGGGUAAAUACUACAUAGGCCAUGAUUAUACUGCAGUCGUGAUAUGAGAGGUGGUGAAAAGUCGGCCGCUCGGGAAGAUGUUCCUACGAGGUCCCCAAUCUUGGAAUUUCCCCAAACAACACUCUCUUACAGGUAUAGCCUAGCUUGCUAAAGUGUUUUAGGGCACUGAUAAUAUUCUCGUAUGUGAGGUUAAGAGAUUGAAAGGUAGUAAUAUAAUACGGAGGAAAUAUAUGCUAUGCGGUGAAGCUCUUCUUGGCAGAUAGCAUAUAAUCUGCAGCACCCCGUGGGAUACGGUCCCUCGCAGUGGUAUGAUGACCACUGCAGAAAAUACGCCAUUCUAUCACGAUGAUGACCUCGGGAUUGCGUCGUUCUCUUGUGUCUUUGCUUGCCUUGGGCGGCAUCCCAUCCUUCUCUUGGGCUUCACCAUUGAAGGUGGAUAUUGAUGCUCGUGCCGAUAGUUGGCCCUACGGACCGCUUGUCACAUCUGGCCGUGACAUGAAAAAUGCGCGGGGCGAAAAUGUCGUCUACGCAGGUGCCAAUUGGCCAGGUCACGGAGAAGUAAUGAUUCCGGAUGGACUACGCUACCAGUCUAUCGAGACCAUCGUCUCCAAGAUCAAGAGUGUGGGCAUGAAUUCGAUUCGUCUGACGUACGCCAUCCAGAUGAUAGACGAGAUCUAUAGCAAUGGAAAGGAUACGACCGUGAAGGACUCGUUUACCAAGGCGCUCGGCCAGACAAACGGACCCAAAGUCUACAAGGAAUUCCUUGCGAAGAACCCUUCUUUUAACGAUAGUACUACCCGCCUUCAAGUUUUCGACGCCGUCGCCGCCGAGUGUGCAAAGCAAAAGGUUUUUGUCCACUUAGACAACCACAUGUCCAAGGCUGCUUGGUGCUGCUCUACCAACGACGGCAACUCUUGGUUCGGAGACACAGAUUAUAACGUGGAUAACUGGACUAGGGGUCUCUCGUAUAUGGCAAAUCACGGGAAAAACUGGCCGGCGCUGACGUCCAUGUCGCUACGCAACGAGCUUCGCAAACCCGACAGCAACCCGACGCUCAGCAGCCAGUCAUACAACUGGAGGGAUUGGUAUACCAACAUCAAGAAAGGAACAAGUGCGAUCAACUCAGCAAACCCGAAUUUGCUUAUCUUCCUUUCGGGUCUUGAUUUCGACACCUUCGUGACGCCAGUAGUUCAGGGCACAGAAUUCACACCGGGAACCGCCAAGUUCAACAAGGCAGACUUCCAGGGCUAUGCCAACAAGCUAGUGCUAGAGAUUCACAACUACCAGAACAGCGCGAACAAUUGCAACAAUCUCAAGAACUCGCUAUACAGCAGCGGCUUCCAGGCGUUGCACGCAGACGACUCCAAGGCGGUUAACGUGUUCCCGGUGUUGCUAACCGAGUUCGGCUUCGAUAUGUCGGGCAGCGCGUGGCAGGGAACGUAUGCUACUUGCAUCGCCAGCUACCUGGCCGAGCAGAAGGCCGGAUGGUUUAUCUGGGUCAUCUCGGGGAGCUACUAUGUCCGCUCGGGGACACAGGACUUUGAAGAGACUUGGGGUCUCCUGAAGCACGACUGGUCAGAUUGGAGAUCGUCUGCCUAUAUCGAGGGAGGAUUGAAGCCUCUUGUGAAGGCGACUGCGCAAGGAUGAGAUAGUUGAGAUGGGUUAUAUGUAAACGGAUACUUAUAGGUAUACCUGCCGCGAGUCUAAACUUGUUGGUAGUGGUUUUCGAAAAAGUAUAUAGCGAUUUGGAGAUUACGUGAAUAAAUCCUUUUUGUUGACAUAUCUUUAGUCUGGUGAUUUGAUA